CCUGCAGAGAAGCAAUAUCCAUAACAAGCAGCCAAGACCAGCCUUUAUCGUUGCUUGUCUUGUUUCUUGAUCCAUAGUCUCUUGUCGUCCGAGGUGGCUCCGCUCGCCAAGUACAGGAACGCGCAACACCACCACUCCUCCCUCUCCCACCUCUUCACUUCUAUCUUCUCUGCAUCUGGGCGACAGUAUCCUUAUUUCCUCUACUUCCUCGCCCGUUUUCACUCUCCUCUUGGGACUACUCAUUUUCGUGUCGCCCGGGAACAUUGUGAAGCUGCUCACCUGUCGUCACCGGCUUGUACCUUGUCUCCAUCGCAUGCUACCCCACGCUGGGUUGGCCCCCUCUACCUUGACGUUCACGAUCGCGAAGUCCCGAGAUGGCUGCUGCUACGUUGAUUGCGCCGCGCUACAGCGCCGAUGAUUUUGAGACUGGCUCUAUACGAUCUGUAGCCCCCUCCUACGUCUCCGAGGCACCCUCAUACCACUCCAGCACGUCGUACCACCAACACGAGCCUGUGCCAGCGUACACACCUCGCGAACCUCGCACAUGCACCACGACGACGACCACUACCACCAGCAACAGCAACAACCACAACCGCAACCACAACCGCACGACUUCCUCGUCGUCCCCGUCGAACCAGCCCGCGCCAUACGGUCUGCCACCUGUCACCAGCACCCCUCGAGUUGGUCUUCCUAGCAUCCACAGCUUUCGCAUCCCAAAAUGGUCGACCAACAACGCUACAUCAUCGCGCCAGCUUCACUCUGUCGUCGAACGUCGCGUGAAUGCCAGCCUAGAAGCGUCUAGCGCGGCGGCGGCAACGGCAGCCGCUGCGCAUCGUAGGAACCUAUUAGCCGCGCACGGCGCGUCGUCUCCUGGACCGGUUUCGAGGCCCUUGGAGGACCCGUACUUGGUUGGAGAGGAAGCGGCCUCGAGGGCGAAGCAGGAAAGGCUCGCUCGAGAGAGGGCCGGGGACGAUGUCCUCGUUCGCGAGGACCAGCAUUGGGACUGGCUCCUGGCACAGAUGAAGACCUGGGACGAGCGUGAGCGGAGCUGGGCUCGGUUCCGCCGCGAGAUGGAGAAUGGCCACCGUCCAAAGUUGCUUCAUCGCAUCGGGGGUCGCAUUUGAACUGGCCGGAUUAGUGGGGUGGCGGCAUCAUCUUCCCUUUGUCUCGCAUUUGGACGCACCACGCACAGUAGGUACUCAGGCGUCAGUUUGGAGUUUGGAGGGCAUUUGUUUCGGAAUUCAAGUGUUGAUACGUAGCCUGCCAGAUAAGCAUAGUUCGAUACGGUUGUUUCCAUUCGCCCGCUACUGCCCUCGUUUCGGACUUUGCUGUUGGAAAUAGCUAGCAAAUUACACAAAAGAAUCGACUGGUAUACAAGUAGCCGAGUAUCCUAGGUGAAACGUCAAGCUUUUGCCAGAAAAAGAAAUACAAACUCCUGCUUCUCGCAUUGAGCUUAACUGCGCAAGGCCUUUCCCACAUCUCUAGCCGUCAGGCCUGGGGAUAGAUAUACACGUUUCCGAACGCCAUGCCCAUGCACGUCUUGACACAUGUCGCUUG